AUGUUUCUUGUAAACAUCUGGAUCUGUGCUGGCCUCCUGCUGUCCCUCCCUCACUUUACGUAUCAGUUGUGCACAGACGGGACACCAAAACAGUGCGCCGAUGCAGAAUUUGCUCCAGGAGCCAAUUUGGCCGGGGAGGGCUUUGAUAUCACCAAAAUGGAACGUAAAGGAGCCUUUGUGCUCGACAUGAAUCAGUGGAAACGUAAAGAUAAAACAUGCAUCCUGUGUACCAACCCUUUCCUGGAGAAUAAAAAGCAAAAGCUACCCCUGACAGUGGUGGACUGGAGGGCAAAGCAGUCCUGCAGCGCCAAAGUUUCCACCAAACUUCACAAAUCCAGCGAGUCUCUUGUCGGUUCCAGUGUCUCCUCUGUUGAAAACAACUGGAAGGCGAAUCUAGAUCUUCAAGUGGGGAGUAAAGGUGCGUCACUGAUGCUGGCUGGUACCAAUUCUCACCUCUCGAGUUACUCCAUGGAAAAAACCAAGAAUGACAAGUACAGCUUCGCAAGCCACAGCAUGUCCUGCGAGUACUACAGCUACAGAGUGUCCAGUGCUCCAAAGCUGCACAGAGAAUUUCGCAAAGCAGUGAAAAAACUUCCCAAAACCUACAGCGCAGAAACCAAACAACAGUUUUACAAACUCAUUGAUGACUUUGGGACCCACUACAUCACCAAGGUGAAACUGGGAGGAAGUAUCAAGUCUGUCACCAGCAUCAGACAGUGCCAGGCCAGCCUUAAAGGGCUCAGUGCCGAGGAGGUGCAGAUGUGCCUCGAAGUUGAGGCAUCUGCAAGUAUUAAAGCUACAAUAAGUACUCAAACAAAACACUGCAAAAAGGAUAUACAGCAGACAGACAGUAAGUCUGCCUUCUCCAGCCUCUUUAAUGACAGGUUCACAGAAAUAAAAGGUGGUCAUACCACAGAGCCAGACCUUCUCUUCUCUGCUGACAAAAAUCCAGAAGCCUACAAGGGAUGGCUGAGCACAUUACCACAAAAUCCAGACAUCGUCUCAUAUUCCCUGGAGUCUCUGCAUGAGUUACUACCCACCACAAGCAAAGUCAGAAACAACCUGCGCUCUGCCAUUAGCCAUUACAUCCUGGAGAAAGGCCUGUGGAGAAACUGCACUGAUCCCUGUAAGGCUGGAAUUAAAACCAACUCACAGGAUCCCUGCGUCUGCCAGUGCCACAAUGACCCUGCCGUGAACCAAGAUUGCUGCCCAGCUCGUAAGGGAAUGGCGCGGGUCAUCAUAACAAUACUGCGGGCCUCUGGUCUGUGGGGGGACUACUUCACAUCUACAGAUGGAUACGUGAAGGUGAUUUUCAACAAAUUAGAAGUCCGGCGUUCUCCUGUCAUUUAUAACAACAACAACCCACACUGGGGCAUGGUCGUCGACCUGGGCUCAGAGGAUAUUUCAUCAGCUAAACUGAGAUUUGAAGUUUGGGAUGAGGACAACAAGUGGGAUGAUGACCUAUUAGGAGCAUGUGAGCCACUUCUGACUGCUGGAGUUAAAGCGGAUGUCUGUAAUCUGAACCACGGCCAACUGUUCUAUAAACUGGAUGUGCAGUGCGCUCCAAGUCUGAGCGGAAAGUCGUGCACGGACUAUAAACCUUCGCCUAUGAAUUCAAGUCUGAAGAAGUUCUAUGUGUCCCGUCAUGCCCGUCCUAUUCCAGAGGCCAUCCUGUCAGAGAUGGGUGUGUUUGUGGACAAAUCAAGUUCAUGGAAAAAUCAGAGUAUUACUACUGAGAGUCCCAAGUAUGAUGUAAUAUUACUGUGACGUAAUGGAGACUAUAAGGUAUCAGCAAAGUUCUAUUGAUGUUAGUUUAAACCACAUGUCAAAAUAUAGAUAAUAAUAAUUAAAAAAAAACUAUAGAUACUUGCCCCUGGAUGAGACUCACUUUCCAGUGUGGCCUCUAUUGAAGCUUUAGUUAAAGCAAAAUUCAUCGUAAACAAUGUAUCCCAUCCAUGGGUGCUGGAGCCUAUCCCAGCUGGUUUAGAUUGAGAUGCACGUUACACCCUGGACAGGUCGCCAGUCUGUCGCAGGGCUAACACAUAGAGACAGACAGCCAUUUGCAUUCACAUUCAUGCCCAUGUGCAAUUUAUGAUCACCAAUUAGCAUAACCCCACUAACUGAUCUAUGAAACUAUCUACUGAUAAUAAAAGAAAACAAAUACAAAUACAUCUGUGAUGAAAGAACUGGCAGAACAAAACAUCAGAAAACAUAUUUUUUAUCUUUAGUUUUCAGUGAAUGUGUCUGUGACAACAUCUUUAGCAGUUCAAAGUAAAGGUUAUACUUCUGCCUACUGGUAAUAAAGCCUGAGCUAUCUCAUUAUGAUCACUGCAGCUGAUCAUAUUAAAGCUGAAAUCCAAGUUUAAUUCAUUUUUUAAAUUCAAAAUCAUAUAUCUGCAUUAUUUUAGCAAGCGUUCAUUUUUAUUUCUCAUGUAGAGGCACUUAUAACACGCGCUAGCCUGUUUUAUUCAUUUUAGUUGCUUUGUCGGCCAUUUAUAUAACGUGACUCCCAUUCCUUAAGGUAGCGAGAGAAUGAAAAAGAUUCAUAUUUAGAUAUUUUUCAUGUAGUGCUGUUGAAUUUCAUAGGUUUCCUUUUUUUAAAUAGUUGUUCUUUUUUGUAUUUCUGCAACCUAGAUUUAUUUUUCUUUUUUUUAAUCAAUGCAAAAUAAAAUGUCUUUUCAAAAUACUCUUAUGCUGAUAUGUAAGAGGCCUCAUUUCCAUUUCUACAGAUUACAUGCUUUUCUUUGUCAGUAUUUGCUGCUUAAACUGUAUAAUAAGCGUUUGUGAGACCACGCCACUUGUACAAAGUGAAGAAACCUUGGUUCUCAGGAACCCACCACUCCCUCCCACCACUUCAGAGAAAUGAUAGGU